AUGCCUGAGGCUAACAAAGCCCUUCAGGAAGAAGAGCUCGAGAGCCUUCGAGCUAUUUAUCCAGAUGAAUGGCAUGAUGUCCCACCGAAGAAGACAGCAUGGGGCACGGAGCUAGAUGCAGGAUGGUGGGAGGUGACUAUCAAGAGUAUCGAAGAUGAGAGAGUUAGUGUGAUUCUGAGAGGCAAAAUGACACAUGCAUAUCCACAACAAAUCCCACCACUGUCACUACGACAGCCUGAAUACCUCAAUGUAACGCAUGUGCAGAGAUUACAUAGCAUUGUACAGGAAAAAGCAAAAUCAAAAGUAGGGGAAGCUAUGAUUUUCGAGCUUAUCGAUACGGUACGAGACUUCAUCACAGAUAAUCAUGCUCUUCUGCCUAGUCCUGGAGAUGUGAAUCUCAUGGAGGAGAAAGCUAGAAGAGAAGAGGCCCAACGAGCAGCUGAAGAAGCAUCCCGUGCGACAGAAGAAGAGAACAAGUUACGGGAAGAAGCAAAGACCAAUCGAUAUCUACACGAUCAAAUACAACUCAAAACAAUCCAAAAGAAAGAAACGGUUGAUCAAGUUAAACAACAACAAGAGGAACGUAAACGUCAAGAAUCACUUGCUACGCUUGAUGUGGGCGACCUCGAAAGUCGACAUCUGGAACUAGACGAAGCGAUCUCUAUUGAUGGAUACGAAGGCUCAUGGAGACGAUGGGCACUAUUUGGUGGGAAACGGGAUGUUCUUUGGACAACGUAUCUUGCUGAACCUGAACGUGACGAUGAGACAACGACGUUUGUUAAAGCGGCUUCACCUUGUGUCAACAUUCAGAUUGUGGACUUCGCUGCGACCUAUUAUUCAACCCCAUUGGGGAUAAAGAGAAUAGAUGCAACUACAGUAGAAGCGCUUCGAGUGAAGGAAAUCAGAUCUGAACAUGUAGUCAGAGUUUACGCGGUAAAACGGUGUAAAAGCCCGAAGGGAUGGGAGAGAUUGAUACUGGUAACGGAGGGGCUCAGUGAGGGUGGCAGGUUGCGAAGCUGGAUACCAAGAGAAGGUUUUGGUGAGGAGCUAGCGAAAGAAUACAUAACCCAGAUUCUCCUUGGCCUGAGUUAUAUACACUCUAGGAAUACCACUCAGCGACAGAUCGACCUGGAUUUCUCUCUCAUAUCAACCUGCUCGAACGGUGACAGGUUCAUCAAGCUUUCUGGUACUGGAUAUGCCAGGCGUAUCGUUGAUAUGCACCGGUCGAACAACUUUCUGAGAAACAGAGUGGAAGUCAUACCGGAAGAAUGGAUAUCACCCGAUGAGCGAGAUUCUCCGCACUCAUAUUCUAAACAGAGAGACCUUUGGCAUGCUGGAUUGUUAUUACUCCAGCUUAUCUAUGGGCCAGAGACUUUAAGGCAUUAUCAUAAUUUCACUUUACUUUUGCAACACGCCCCGGGCUUAUCUGAAACCAUGACUGAGGUCUUGACGGGGCUCCUGAACCAAAAUCCGAAGAAAAGGCUUACAGCAGAUGAUGCGUUGGGCAGGCUGAGAGCGGUUGAUGACGACAUUACUAGGAGAGGUUUCAAGCGAACACAUAGUGGACACGUUCCUCAUAAUUCCCUAACGGGUUUACCCAACGAUCCAACGCAGAGCUUCUUAGGUGUGUCACCAGUGAACAGAGGCUUGAUGGGGUUCCUCCCCAAUACACCUCAGCCUCUUACUCCAAGACUGUCAAGGUACCGAACUGAUUUCGAAGAGGUCGAGUUCCUCGGGAAAGGUGGUUUUGGUGAAGUUGUGAAAGCGAGGAACAAGCUUGACGGUCGAUCGUACGCUAUCAAGAAAGUCAAGCUGCGGCCGGAAGACAACGAAGCUAAAGUAUAUCGAGAGGUCAACAAUCUUUCUAGGGUCAAUCAUCAACACAUUGUCCGGUACUAUUCAUGUUGGUUGGAAGAUGCCAAUCCACCUCAACUGACCCCAGCUGUCGACGAUUCUACACCGGGUCCGCCGAGCACCUCCACAGAAGAAGACAUCUUCGCUUUGGACUUUGAUGAUGCGUCCUUCUCUAGACGUGACCAGUCGAGAAGCGCUUCUUUCCCGCGGAUCCGAUUUGCAAAUGAAGAUGAAGACGAGGAUGACGAAGACGAUGAGACUGACAGCGAUGACGAAGGUGAUGAGAGCGACAGUGACGCAUCUACGGCCGCGGAUCCGUCAGAGCUGAAGGAAAGAGGGCGGUCGAUAGGUAUACCCAUGCAAAGGAAUCAGUCGAGACCGUCCGCCUCCUUGACCGAUGCGACAACGGACGAUGGUAUGGUUCAAAGAAUAUUGUAUAUUCAGAUGGAGUUCGUCGAGAAACAAACGCUCCGUGAAGCAAUUACUGCUGGACUUGCCGACGACGAAGUGUGGAGGCUACUCAGACAGGUCUUAUCGGCCUUGGCACAUAUGGCUUCGCUGGGAAUCGUGCAUCGAGACCUGAAACCGUCAAAUAUCUUGCUCGAUGGAGACGGGAACGUGAAGAUUGCGGAUUUCGGUCUAUCUACCACCGAGAUGACAGCUAUUGAAGUAGCCUCUGGGCCUGCAUUACUGGCAGACGAGGUUGACCGAACGUCAAACAUCGGAACCAGUCUAUAUAUCGCACCGGAAGUCGCCAUAUCUCGUUCCUACAAUGAGAAAGCAGAUAUGUACUCUUUGGGUAUCAUAUUCUUCGAAAUGUGUUACCCAUUUAAGACCACUAUGGAAAGGGUCCACAUCCUCAACGCUGCCAGGCAGCCUUCCAUCACCUUUCCUCCUGGAUGGCCAGCAUCGCAUAAACCGAAUGAAAGGGAAAUCGUGUCAAGGCUUCUUACUCAUGACCCUGCUGUCAGGUUCAGUGCGACAGAACUGCUGAGAAGUCCUCUGUUGCCUUCUCCGGAAAGAAAGAAGGAGGAUUGGGAUGCAGCUAUUAUUGAACUAACCGAUCCAAAAUCAUCCCAGUAUCAACCCCUUCUUAAUGCUCUAUUCGAUAAGACGUCACACUCUAUCGCAAAUAUCGAUCAUCGAUUAGUGGAUUACACGUAUGACAACUAUUCGGAUGAUCAAUUGCAAGUGUGGCUAUCCGUUGUCAUUCAACGAUUGGUUGAUCUCUUUCAAAGACAUGGAGCUGUGGAAAGCUACUUGCCCUUGUUGAUGCCGGAGACCACUUUGCUGAACGCGUUCCCUGGACUUGACCCAGUGAGACUGUUAGAGAGGUCGGGACAAGUGGUACAGCUUCCGUCAUCCGAUCUACUGGCUAUGGCUCGGUCAGCGACCAGACGUCAAAUAGAAAGGAUAAAGCGGUAUCACGUGGGGAGAAGGUAUUCUAACGAUCAAGUUGGUGGCCAGCCAUUAGUCUCUGGGAAACUGAGUCUUGAUAUCCUGUCUCCCCUUAGGUCAAGUGCUGCUGAAGCAGAACUACUAGAAGUGGUGGAUAAGGUGAUAUCAGAGUUCAGGGGCAUGAGGGGAUCUUCUUCGGUCGAAUAUGAUUUCCAUAUAAGUCAUGAAACAGUCCUCGAAACCAUACUCAGUCUUGUACCUGAUCGAUCCGACAAACCCCGACGCAAAGUGCUCGAAGAGUUCAAGAAGCUAGGUUCAUGUCAUGCAGUCUCAAAUACCACACAUUCUAGGUCCUUGUUAGGUAGUAUACCUGGAUUGACUAAAGUCUCGAUGGACGAGCUAGAACUGUGUUGCAUUGCGGACGAUUUCGAUCUUGUGCGACAUAAACUUGAUUCUCUUUUCCCCUUAUCCAAACGUAAAUUAGCAUCGGCUUUCGAAGAGAUGUCUUCUGUAAUCAAACUUGCUAGAUCGUUUGGUGUGUCGAGGAGGAUCGUGUUUAGACCGACAAUGGCGAAGCAUUCUGAAUUCUUCCGUGGAGGGUUCAUGUUUGAAUGCGUUCGGAGAGGGAAACAAAAAGAGGUCAUCGCGUAUGGCGGAAGAUAUGACUCGUUAUUAGAACAUUUCAAACAGCCUGCGAUGCACUCUCAGUCAAGGCGUGUAUUUGGAGUGGGAAUGACCAUCGCAGUGGACCAAUUAGCUCGGAUAGUAUCUAAAUACGAGUCAUCUCUAUCCCGCCGAUUGAUGGAAAAGCCAAAUGAAGACGAAAGGUCUUUUGGAUAUUGGAGUCCAGCUCGAUGUGAUGUAUAUGUCGCGGCUUUCCCUCACGUCGACUUGUCAGUCCGGCUCAACGUUAUUGGGGAGUUAUGGCGAGCAGGGAUUAGAGCAGAUUUACAGUACGAUGAUGAUAGAAGUGUUGAAGAUGUAGCGUUGGAAUGUCAGGAACAAAACAUCUUGUAUUUGGUCAUCCCUAAGGCGAGUAAAACUGUUGUCAAAGUACGGAGCAUUUUGCGGAAAUCGGAAGAGGAAGUAUCCCGAAACGACCUGUGUAAUCACCUUCGCAUAGCGAUCUCUGAUCAGCGAAGGAUCGAUGCGUCUUAUGCUUCAGCUGAAGGAUCUAUACCCUCCGCUCAAGCUGCUUCGAUGUCUGUCGACCCUAAGCAGGCAGAAGUGGACAUCAAGCUUCUUCUCCCGCCUGAGCCCGUGACGUCGAAGGGAUCGAAAGGUAGACCUAUUCGGAAGUUUCGACACGGCACUAAGUCCGUAUAUUACGAGAAAGCAUCUGACUUUGCCAGUCAAACGAAUUCCACCCUGCCCAUAUUAGGGGUUGAUCUGCCUCUUCCGAUGUUAUGUCAGAUGACCUUGGAUAUAUCUUGGAUAUUGGACGACGAAGCUUGGCGAGGUCUGCUUACUAAAGAAGGGGUUUCAACAGGGGACAGAAGGUAUGCGGAGACCGUGAGAGAUGCGAUCAAAGAACGUAAAUCUGGUGGAACCGCGAAUGGUACCAUAGGAUCGGGCGCUGGGAACGGCGCAGAAAAGGCAAAUAUAGGAUGGUGCUGGUUGUUUAGUGUAAGAGAAGCUAAAGGCUUUCUGUUACAAAUUGGAAAUGGCAAAUAG